GUCGUCAGCCCAUCUCCUCCUACAGACAAUGAAAAUUGCUUUCAUUGGCGAGCUUCAGAUGGCGUGGAAAAGGCCACUGCGUCCACAUGUGGUUCUUCCCAAGUGAAGUUGGAGUCAGAGAUGCUUGGUGCCCAAACUGAGCAGCCCCAGAAACGAAAACAUAGAAAAAAGCCGAAGUCCAAGCCGGAGAGUCCAGAAGAGGUGAAGGCCUGCGUGUGUGUCGCAAGAUAUCGGCGCAAAAAGGAGCUGGAUCCAGAUCCUGCGCAGCACAACCAUGAUCCUUCUCCUGAAGUUUCAGAGACUUUGGCAGAGACUUCAGAGGCAAAAGUGCAGGAUCGUGGGCCGCCAAAGCAAUCAGAUGUCCAGUCAGAGAUUUCGCACUUGGCAGCAGCAGAUGCCCACCACUCAGUAGAUCUUAAGCCAGAGAUUUCUCAAUCAGCAUCGACAGAUGCCAAUCCAGACAUUUCGCAAUCGGCGUCACCAGAUGCCCAGCCAGAGAUUUCGCAAUCGGCAUCAGCAGAUGCCCAGCCAGAGAUUUUGCAAUCGGUAUCAGCAGAUGCCCAGCCAGAGAUUUUGCAAUCGGCUUCAUCAGCAGAUGCCCAGCAAUCAGUUUCACCAUUGGCAUCAGCAGAGGCCCAGCCAACGAAUUCGAAAGAAACACCAGCUCCAAAUAGUGAGACUUCGGCCCAAGCAGUGGAUGCCCAGCAGCCAGCCGCAGAGCAAGAAACGCAGCCAGAAGCGCCAGGAUGGAAGCAGCGCCUAUGCAAAGAUGGUGUGGUGCGUUGGUUCAUGGAGUACCGUGACGAUCAUGGUUUCAGAAGCAAACGAGAAUGGGAGCGACAAGUUUUAAAGAAGAACCGCAGCCGCCGAGGCAAGUAG